AUGGAAAUUGAGAAGAGGAAGAAGAAGAAAAGAGUCACAAAAGAGGAUGAAGAAAAAGAAGAGAAUAGUGGUGUUCCAACCGAGGAAGAAGUUGAAGAGUUUUAUACAAUACUCAAAAGAAUGAAAGCGGUGGUCAAAUAUUUCGACGACAAAGGAAAAUGCGGAAGAGACUGGAGAGAAACGCUUGAGAAACCGGCGGAGCUCGCCGUCGCCCACGGCGGAGAAAAUAUCUCCUCCGUCAAAGCUGUCAUUAAGAAGGAAAAGGUUGAUGGGGAAGUUCUAACUAAAAAUCAUGGUUUUGACUUGAACGCCGUGGCUCCUGAAGCCGCCGAAAGCGGUGGCGCGUAG